GCUUGAUAGAGUUAAGAUGGCGGCAUGUGGGUGAGGAGGCUGGGAUCUAAACUCGAGGUUUUUCGCCAUUAAACGAUUCCUAUGAAUCCUCAUAUAUACAGUAAUCGAAAGAAUAACAAUUUCCUCUUAUUUCACACGUGUCUGUGUGAUUUUGGAUUGACCCCAUGACAUCUAUACACUUCGUGGUUCACCCGUUGCCCGGGACCGAGGAUCAGCUCAAUGACAGGCUCCGUGAAGUCUCGGAGAAACUCAACAAAUACAGUUAUAACAGUCAUCCACAUCUUAGUCUGUUGGAGCAGGCCACCCUAAAACAGUGUGUUGUCGGUCCAAACCACGCCGGAUUUCUCCUUGAGGAUGGACGUGUGUGUAGAAUCAGCUUUGCUGUUCAGCCUGAUCGCCUGGAGCUCUGCAAACCGGAUGGCAGCGAUGGUUCAAAGUUGAGCAGUGGUUCAGGGACAGGAAGGAGCUCCAGGCCAGGCAGGACUAGUGAUCCGCCCUGGUUCCUGUCUGGCUCUGACACACUUGGCAGACUGGCAGGCAACCCCCUUGGGAGUCGCUGGAGCUCUGGUGUAAAUGGAGGCAGUGGAGGAAGUGGAAGUGGAGGAGGUGCAGGGGGAGGUGGAGCAGGAGGUGGCAGCAGUGGAGGAGGAGGGGGCGGAGGUGGAGGCGGCGGUGGAGGGACAUCGGGCAGGUCGUCAACAGCAGCUCGCGAUUCCCGUCGACAGACCAGGGUGAUCCGUACAGGAAGGGAUCGUGGCUCGGGCCUUCUAGGUAGCCAGCCUCAGCCUGUCAUACCGGCAUCUGUCAUCCCUGAAGAACUUAUUACUCAGGCCCAGGUAGUCCUUCAGGGGAAGUCCAGGAGUGUGAUCAUUAGAGAACUCCAGAGGACCAACCUGGAUGUCAACCUUGCCGUCAACAACCUGCUGAGUCGGGAUGAUGAAGAUGGAGAUGAUGGAGAUGACACGGCCAGCGAGUCCUACCUCCCUGGAGAGGACCUGAUGUCCCUGUUGGAUGCAGACAUUCACUCAGCUCAUCCCAGUGUGAUUAUUGAUGCUGAUGCCAUGUUCUCUGAGGACAUCAGCUACUUUGGCUACCCCUCUUUUAGACGCUCCUCAUUGUCGCGCCUAGGAUCCUCCAGAGAGCGCGACUCAGAGCUGUUGCGUGAGCGUGAGUCUGUAUUGAGGUUACGCGAGCGCCGGUGGCUGGAUGGGGCUUCGUUCGACACAGAGCGAGGCUCCACUAGCCGUGAGGGCGAGCCCAGCUUGGAUAAGAAGAGUAUUCCUGUCCAGAGCCCUGUCUCCUUGGGAGAGGAGCUCCAGUGGUGGCCUGACAAGGAUGGUGUGAAGUUUGUGAGCAUUGGAGCCAUGUUCUCAGAGCUGGUGGCUGUCAGCUCCAAAGGAGAACUUUAUCAGUGGAAGUGGAGCGAACCUGAACCCUACAGGAAUGCACAGAAUCCUUCUGUUCAUCACCCACGUGUAUCCUUCCUGGGCCUUUCCAAUGAGAAGAUCACCUUAUUGUCUGCCAAUAGCAUCAGAGCCACUGUAGCUACAGAGACCAACAAGGUGGCAACCUGGGUGGACGACACACUGAGCACAGUGGCCUCUAAGCUGGAGCACAGUGCUCAGGCUUUCCCUGAGCUGCAAGGGGAACGUAUGGUGUCACUGCACUGCUGUGCUCUCUACACGUGUGCACAGCUGGAGAAUAGCCUUUACUGGUGGGGUGUUGUGCCUUUUAGUCAACGGAAGAAGAUGCUUGAAAAGGCCAGAGCCAAGAACAAAAAGCCAAAGUCCAGCGCUGGCAUCUCUUCAAUACCCAACAUCACCGUAGGAACACAGGUGUGCUUGAGGAAUAACCCCCUCUACCAUGCCGGUGCUGUGGCCUUUUCUGUCAAUGCUGGUAUUCCGAAAGUGGGCGUCCUGUUGGAAUCUGUCUGGAACAUGAACGACAGUUGCAGGUUCCAGCUGCGCUCACCAGAGAGCCUCAAGAACAUGGAGAAGACCACUAAGACCCAGGAAGUCAAGACGGAAAGCAAGCCAGAGCUGGUGAAGACUGAGAUGGGUCCUCCUCCCUCCCCAGCGUCUACUUGCAGUGAUACCUCUUCCAUUGCUAGCAGUGCCUCACUGCCCUACAAGCGAAGGCGUUCUACCCCGGCUCCCAAAGAGGAAGAGAAGGUGAAUGAGGAGCAGUGGCCUCUGAGGGAGGUGGUGUUUGUGGAGGACGUUAAAAAUGUCCCAGUGGGAAAGGUGCUUAAAGUGGAUGGCGCGUAUGUUGCUGUGAAGUUUCCAGGAACAUCAAGCAGCAUGAGCAACCAGAACUCUGUUGCUCCCACUGACUCGGACCCAUCAUCAUUAUUACAGGACUGCAGGCUCCUCAGAAUAGAUGAGCUGCAGGUGGUCAAAACUGGUGGGACUCCUAAAGUUCCUGAUUGUUUUCAGCGCACACCUAAAAAGCUCUGUAUCCCAGAAAAGGCAGAGAUUCUAGCAGUGAAUGUUGACUCCAAAGGAGUCCAUGCAGUGCUGAAAACUGGUAACUGGGUAAGGUACUGUAUCUUUGACCUGGCCACAGGCAAAGCUGAACAGGAGAACAACUUCCCCACUAGUAACCUGGCCUUCCUGGGGCAGAGUGAGCGCAAUGUGGCUAUCUUUACUGCAGGACAGGAAUCUCCCAUCAUUCUCCGAGAUGGAAAUGGCACAAUCUACCCUAUGGCCAAAGACUGCAUGGGUGGAAUUCGAGAUCCUGAUUGGUUGGACUUGCCACCUAUAAACAGCCUGGGAAUGGGGGUGCACUCCCUGGCCAAUCUCCCCUCUAACUCCACAAUUAAAAAGAAAGCUGCUAUUAUUAUAAUGGCUGUUGAGAAACAGACGCUGAUGCAGCAUGUCCUGCGCUGUGACUAUGAGGCGUGUCGGCAGUACCUGGUGAACCUUGAGCAGGCGUUCUUGUUGGAUCAGGGCAGCCAGGCCCUCGGAGCACUUCUGGAUCAUCGCUGUGAUGGAAACCGCAACAUUCUCCAUGCCGCUGUCUCUGUCUGCUUCCCUGUUAGUAAUAAGGAGACCAAAGAAGAAGAAGAAGCUGAAAGGUCAGAGAGAAACACAUUUGCGGAGCGUCUCUCUGCUGUGGAAGCAAUUGCCAAUGCCAUCUCCGUGGUUUCAAGCAACAGUUCUGGGAAUAGGACUGGCUCCUCCAGUAGCAGAGGGCUUCGUCUGAGGGAGAUGAUGCGGAGGUCUUUAAGAGCAGCAGGUCUCGGCCGUCAUGAGUCCGGCCCAUCAUCCAGCGACCACCAGGACCCUGUGUCACCACCCAUUGCCCCACCAAGUUGGGUCCCGGACCCCCCACCAAUGGACCCUGAUGGUGACAUUGACUUCAUUCUAGCACCAGCUGUGGGUUCACUCACUACUGCCUCCACUGGGACCAGUCAGGGACCCAGCACCUCCACCAUACCAGGGCCGUCCACCGAGUCAUCUGUGGUUGAAUCUAAAGACAGGAAGGCCAACGCCCACCUUAUCCUAAAGCUGAUGUGUGACAGUGUUGUUCUGAGGCCACACCUACGGGAACUACUCUCUGCCAAGGAUGCCCGUGGAAUGACCCCAUUCAUGCUUGCAGUCAGUGGUAGAGCCUACCCAGCAGCCAUCACUGUGCUGGAGGCUGCUCAGAAAAUGGCCAAGGUUGGUGACCCGGGCAUUGCAGAGAAGGAGGAUGCAGAUUCUGUGUUCAUGGAAAUGAUUUGCCCUUCGGGGACCAACCCCGAUGAUUCACCCCUCUAUGUUCUCUGCUGCAACGACACCUGCAGUUUCACAUGGACUGGAGCUGAGCACAUUAACCAGGAUAUCUUUGAGUGUCGCACCUGUGGUUUGCUCGAGUCCCUUUGCUGCUGCACUGAGUGUGCAAGGGUGUGUCACAAAGGACAUGACUGCAAACUGAAGAGGACCUCCCCUACAGCUUACUGUGAUUGUUGGGAGAAAUGUAAAUGUAAAACGCUGAUCGCUGGCCAGAAGGCUGCUCGUCUGGAUCUGCUGUACAGGUUACUCACAACCACCAACCUGGUCACGACACCAAACAGCAGGGGAGAGCAUAUAUUACUAUUCCUGGUGCAGACUGUUGCUAGGCAGAGUGUUGAGCACUGUCAGUACAGACCACCACGCAUCAGAGAAGACAGGAACCGCAAGGCUGCUAAUGCAGAAGACUCUGAUAUGCCGGACCAUGACCUAGAGCCUCCCCGCUUUGCUCAGCUGGCUCUGGAAAGGGUCCUGCAGGACUGGAACGCCCUCAAGUCUAUGAUCAUGUUUGGUUCUCAGGAGAAUAAAGACCCACUUAGUGCCAGCAGCAGAAUUGCCCACCUCCUGCCUGAAGAGCAAGUCUACUUGAAUCAGCAGAGCGGCACCAUUCGACUUGACUGUUUCACCCACUGCCUCAUUGUCAAGUGUGCUCCUGACAUCACUUUCAUAGACACCUUACUGGGUACACUAGUAAAGGAGCUGCAGAACAAGUACACUCCUGGCCGAAGAGAGGAGGCAGUCAGUGUCACCAGGAGGUUCCUACGCUCUGUCGCUCGGGUGUUUGUCAUCCUCAGCGUGGAGAUGGCCUCAUCCAAGAAGAAAAACAACUUCAUCCCCCAGCCGAUUGGGAAGUGUCGGAGAGUUUUCCAAGCUCUGCUGCCCUACGCUGUGGAGGAGCUGUGUAAUGUAGCUGAGUCGUUGAUUGUUCCGGUGCGAAUGGGUAUAGCGAGACCUACUGCUCCUUUCACUUUGGCCAGCACCAGUAUUGAUGCUGUUCAGGGCAGCGAGGAGCUCUUCUCUGUCGAACCGCUGCCUCCGAGACCCUCACCUGACCAGUCCAGCAGCUCCAGCCAGACAGCUGCCUCUUAUAUCAUCAGGAACCCCCAGCCUCGGCGCAGCAGCCAGUCUCAGCCUGUCAGGGGAAGAGACGAGGAGCAGGAUGACAUCGUAUCCGCAGAUGUGGAAGAGGUUGAAGUCGUAGAGGGAGUCGCAGGUGAGGAAGACCAUCAUGACGACCAAGAGGAACAGGGGGAGGAAAAUGCAGAGGCAGAAGGGCAGCAUGAUGAGCACGAUGAAGAUGGAAGUGACAUGGAGCUGGAUCUGCUGGCAGCAGCUGAAACAGAGAGUGACAGUGAAAGUAACCACAGCAAUCAGGAUAAUGCGAGCGGCCGCAGGAGUGUCGUCACAGCAGCCACCGCUGGUUCUGAAGCAGGUGCCAGCAGCGUCCCUGCCUUCUUUUCAGAGGAUGACUCCCAGUCCAAUGACUCCAGCGACUCCGACAGCAGCAGCAGUCAAAGCGACGAUGUCGACCAGGAGACGUUCCUGUUGGAUGAGCCCCUGGAAAGGACAACCAGCGCUUCUCACGCCAACAGCGCGGCCCAGGCUCCUCGCUCCAUGCAGUGGGCUGUUAGAAACACUCCGAGCCAGAGGGCAACAGGAAGUGCUCCCUCCAGCUCCUCAACACCAGCUGCAAGCUCCACAGGCCUGAUAUAUAUUGACCCUACCAACCUGCGUCGCUCCAGUGCUAUCAGCUCCAGUGCUGCUGCAGCGGCGGCGGCUCUGGAAGCCAGCAACUCCAGCAGCUAUCUGACGUCUGCCAGCAGCCUGGCCCGGGCCUACAGCAUUGUCAUCAGGCAGAUCUCAGACCUCAUGAGUCUGAUUCCCAAGUACAACCAUCUGGUCUACUCUCAGUACCCUGCUGCUGUAAAGCUCACCUACCAGGAUGCAGUCAACCUGCAGAACUAUGUUGAAGAAAAGCUGAUUCCCACCUGGAACUGGAUGGUGUCCAUCAUGGAUUCCACUGAAGCUCAGUUGCGAUAUGGCUCAGCCCUGUCAUCUGCUGGAGACCCGGGUCACCCCAGUCACCCACUCCACGCUUCUCAGCACUCAGCUCGCAGGGAACGCAUGACAGCUCGGGAGGAGGCCAGCCUCCGCACCCUGGAAGGACGCAGGAGAGCAGCUACCCUGCUGACUGCUCGCCAAGGCAUGAUGUCGGCACGGGGCGACUUCCUGAACUACGCCUUAUCACUGAUGCGCUCCCACAAUGAUGAGCACUCUGAUGUGCUUCCUGUGCUGGACGUGUGCUCACUGAAACAUGUGGCCUACGUUUUCCAGGCUCUUAUCUACUGGGUUAAGGCCAUGAACCAGCAGACCACUUUGGACACUCCACAGAUGGACAGAAAGAGGAAUCGAGAGAUUUUGGAACUAGGUUUGGACAAUGAGGAUUCUGAACACGAGAACGAUGAGGACACCAAUCAGAGUUCAACUCUGCAGGACAAAGAUGAGGACCCAGUUCCAGCUGAAACGGGUCAGAAUCACCCCUUCUUCCGUCGCUCUGACUCCAUGACCUUCCUGGGCUGCAUCCCACCCAACCCCUUCGAUGUUCCCCUUGCUGAGGCCAUUCCACUGGCAGACCAGCCCCACCUCCUGCAGCCUAAUGCCAGGAAGGAGGAUCUGUUCGGUCGUCCCUCUCAGGGCUUGUACUCUUCCUCCUACAUGGCAACCAAAGGCCUGGCUGAGGCAAGCAUGGACAGGAACUGCCUGGAGGUAAACAUGGGCUCCUCUCUACCCUCCCCCUCUCAGAUCCUGCCCACUAAGAUGUCUUACUCAGCCAACCUGAAGAAUGUGAUGAGUAUGGAAACUGGCCAGCGGAGCACUGGGAACCAGUCACUGGCUGAACAGGAGAUGGAGGCUUCAAAACCAGGCCCUUCACCCCAUGACCUCGCUGCCCAGCUGAAGAGCAGCCUACUUGCGGAAAUUGGCCUCACUGAAAGUGACGGACCUCCUCUUCCAUCAUUCAGACCUCACUGUAGUUUCAUGGGGAUGAUGAUCUCACAUGACAUGCUACUAGGCCGCUGGCGUCUGUCACUAGAACUCUUUGGUCGUGUCUUCAUGGAGGAUGUCGGAGCCGAACCGGGAUCGGGACACUGA